AGACUACAAAAGCUGCGCCGGAUAAAAUAGAAGCGCCCUGUCAGGUUUUAAAUCAUAACCCUCUGUUUUGGCUGUAAGUCGAGGUCCGUAUGGGACAGCUUCUGGUUCCGGACCCGGACAGUGGUCCGCCUAUUAGUGACUUCUGGUCUUUUCCGUUUAUAUACUACAUACAGCUUUGGGUGGUUUGGGUGGCAGUGUGCGGUUUGAAACGGAGCCAUUUCUGAAUACAAAGUGGGAUUUUACAACUAACCCUCACUUUUGGUUUCGUUUUAGAGCAGAAAUAACCUACAGUACACUGUUUACCUCCUGAACUACAGCCCUGCCACUACACCAAACUUUUAACCAACUGAGCCAUGGAUUUCAAAGAUGAUUUAGAAUUCCUUCUACAAGGUGUGACAGAGUUUGACAUCCGAAGCGGGGAUGUAUCAUCAGAAGUACUUGUGCAUGGAUCUUCAGCAUUUCCUGUUGGAUUCACCCCAGAUGCAAAGGCGUUUUUUGCAGGCGCCCGUUACGGACAGGGCCGAGUAAUAGCAGUCGGCCAUGAAAGAUACUUAGAUAAAGAUGUACUAUCCACCUUUUUGAUCAACGCUCUAUUUUGGCUUGAUCAAGGACGUAACGGUGUGAUUGGUGUCUCACCUAAACAUCAAGGUGCCUACCAGCUAAUGAGUAGGUCUGUACUGCAGUGCCAGGUAACUAACCUAAAGGAAGGCUUGAGCGUCUUUGUGUGUAUAUCUCAUAAUAAUACACAAAGCAAAGAAAUCCAAGAAUUCGUUGCCGGUGGUGGUGGCCUCUUCAUUGGUGGACACGCUUGGUGGUGGGCCCAAUGCAACCCUAAGAGAAAUUUGGUAACAGAUUGCCCUGGAAAUCAAAUCCUCUAUAAAAUGGGAUUGUGCCUGUCGAAUAAAACUGUAAAAGCUGGGUUGUACCCGGCCACACAGGUGAAACAACACCCUCACAUACAGGAAUUCCGGGAUUUCAAAGAUGAUUUAGAAUUCCUUCUACAAGGUGUGUCAGAGUUUGACAUCCAAGGCAAGGAGGUACCAUCAGAAAUAUUUGUGCAUGGAUCUUCAGCAUUUCCUGUUGGAUUCACCCCAGAUAAAAAGGCGUUUAUUGCAGGCGCCCGUUACGGACAGGGCCGAGUAAUAGCUGCCGGCCAUGAAAGAUACUUAGAUCGAAAUUCACUAUCCACCUUUUUGAACAAUGCUCUUCUCUGGCUUGAUCAAGGACGUAAAGGUGUGGUCGGUGUCUCACCUAAACAUAAAGGUGCCUACCACCUAAUGAGUGGGUCUGGACUGCAGUGCCAGUUAACUAACCUAAAGGAAGGCUUGAGUGUCUUUGUGUGUGAAUCUCAUGAUAAUACACAAAGCAAACAAAUCCAAGAAUUCGUUGCCGGUGGUGGUGGCCUCCUCAUUGGUGGACACGCUUGGUGGUGGGCCCAUUGCAACCCUAAGAGUAAUUUGGUAACAGAUUGUCCUGGAAAUCAAAUCCUCUAUAAAAUGGGAUUGUGCCUGUUGGAUAAAACUGUAGAAGCUGGGUUGUACCCGGCCGCACAGGUGAAACAACAUGGCACCUCACAGAUUUAUGUUUUCCUGAACAUGUAUUUCAAAGAUGAUUUAGAAUUCCUUCUACAAGGUGUGACAGAGUUUGACAUCCAAGGCCAGUCUGUACCAUCAGAAAUAUUUGUUCAUGGAUCUUCAGCAUUUCCUGUUGGAUUCACCCCAGAUGCAAAGCCGUUUAUUGCAGGGGCCCGUUACGGAGAGGGCCGAGUAAUAGCAGUCAGCCAUGAGGGAUACUUAAGUCGAAAUUCACUAUCCACCUUUUUGAUCAACGCUCUUCUUUGGCUUGAUCAAGGACGUAAAGGUGUGAUCGGUGUGUCACCUAAACUUAAAUGUGCCUACCACAUAAUGAGUAGGUCAGGACUGCAGUGCCAGUUAACUAACUUAAAGAAAGGCUUGAGCGUCUUUGUGUGUAUAUCUCAUGAUAAUACACAAAGCAAACAAAUCCAAGAAUUCGUUGCCGGUGGUGGUGGCCUCCUCAUUGGUGGACACGCUUGGUGGUGGGCCCAAUGCAACCCUCAGAGAAAUUUGGUAACAGAUUGCCCUGGAAAUCAAAUCCUCUAUAAAAUGGGAUUGUGCCUGUUGGAUAAAACUGUAGAAGCUGGGUUGUACCCGGCUGCACAGGUGAAACAACAUGGCACCUCACAGAUUUAUGUUUUUCCGAACAUGCUGCAUCGUUUUGUCCAACAUGUGUUCCAUGGACAACAACUGACAGACCAAGAACAGCAAUUUCUGAGUAAGCUGUGCAGUGACUGUGUCUCCAGCCUCCGCAUGCAGGGACAAGACUGUAGUUGUUAUAACCUUCUUAUGAAACUUGUAAAGAAAACAGGGCUUCCAAAAUUUCCACUGACUAAUUCCAGCGAACAUGAAAGGGAUCUCCUGCUGCUGCAGGUGGGCACUGAGCUUUCCAGGGUUUGCAAAGAACCUGAAACACUUCUGUCGGACUUCAUCGUGGACAGCCCCGACCUGCCAUCUGUGACCGAUGCAAGAGUCUGCAUCAGUGCAUGUACAAAAGAUCAUACAGAGUGGAUAAGCACAGGCUUGUAUUUGUCUCCUGGAAUGAUAAGUUACAUUACAGUUCCCCAGACAAUCGUGGGGAAAGGCUGGCAGGUGCAGAUUGGCUGUCAAACGGAUGACUUAAGCCAUCUUACGGAUCUAAAACGUGCUCCUGUGGUGCAUGUGCGAUUUCCUGUGGAUAAAGAAAAACUGAAGAUCUGGAACCUAUGGGGAGGCCUCAUAUACCUCAUCGCACCUCCUAAUACUACAGUUAAUGACGAGAAGGUUGUCAUACGGACAGCUGUGAAAGUGCCAUACUAUAAGUCUGGAAAUACCAGUGUACGUGAGUGGAAUGAUGAGAUCCGUAAAGCACCAGCCCCUUGGGCAGAGCUGGAGUUUGAGAAUCUCAUCAUCACCCUGCCUUCGAAUGUAAUACGUGAACUGCACCAGCCGGACAGUGUGGCCACGCGUUGGGAUGCCAUUAUGAGAGCCGUAGCUGAUUUGGCUGCAAAACCUGCGAAGUUUCCACGCAAAGAGCGCUUCGUUGCUGAUGUUCAGAUCUCAUGUGGCGACAUGCAUUCUGGUUACCCCAUCAUGAUGCAUUCCUGCUCAGCUCCAGACUUGGUGAAUCCAUACGUUGUUGGGAAAAGUGAUUUCUGGGGACCUGUACAUGAACUUGGCCAUAAUCAGCAGUGCUCGGUUUGGGAGUUUCCACCUCACACCACUGAGUGUACCACUAAUUUGUGGUCCCUGUAUGUGCAUGAGGUAGUGCUGGGGGUGAACAAGGAAAAUGCUCAUAGUGAAAUGACGAAGGACAAACGACAAAGACGAAUCAACCAAUACAUUAUGGAGGGCAGACAACUAAAAAACUGGACUGUCUGGACAGCAUUGGAAACCUACACUCAGCUACAGGAAGAGUUUGGGUGGGAAGCCUUCAAGAAAGUCUUUGCAGCCUACCAUAACUACACAGAUGUUCCAGAAGACAAGGAAGGCAAGAUGAACCUGUAUGCUAAAACAUUUUCCACAGUGGUAAACAAAAACCUGGUUCCAUUCUUCAAAGCGUGGGGUUGGCCCAUUCAGCCCAGUACAGAAAAAGAGCUCUCUGGUUUUCCUGAGUGGAGUGAUCAUCCAAUGGUCUUUAAAGGUGACACAUGUUCCUUAUCAUAG